AGCGCAGGGCAGAGGAACGCCAGGAGGAGGGGAGUCAGGAGCCAUGUUGGCGCUAAGGCGUCGGCUUCGACGAGCUCGCUGAAGCCCUACACGCCGCCAUUUAGGUCGGCGAGCCGGGCGGGGACAUGUCUGCAGACAGCAGACAGUGGUACGGGCGGAGUUCACCGAUCACAGGAACAAAGAGAUAGUGGAAGGAACAGAAGUCGAGGUGGAAGGGGCAGAGGUCGAGGGCAGAGGCUUCUACAGACAGGAGGAAAAUGGAGCAAACUGCGCUCUCCAGGCGCGGCCACGUCACCGCAUCAGCGACAUCGGCGAGAACCCGCAGCGAGCGGACAACUCUAGGAUGGGCUGGGGCUCCGCCGCAGGCUCUGCAGAACACAUGACGGAUGGAGCAUGUAUUGUGGAAGAGGCUGUAAAAAAAACUAGGUCUCCCCAACAGACAGAUCAAGGAGCGAUGAGGAGACCCCGUCGGCCGUGACUCGCUGCCCACCCGAGACGGCUUUGUGCGUAGGGUGGCAAGGUCCCAACGAAGCUAUGAAAACCAAUACCAACCUAGCAAAGUCGAGUGGCAUGCGAAACUGGAAUGUACGAACUCGACCCACUUGAGGCGGAUGGACUUAAGGUCCCCGACCGAAAGCGCAGUCCCCGUGCCUGGUACCCAUCUCCAGGACCCGGGCGCAGCUGAGGCGCAACAUGCGGACGAGCAAACUGCUUGCCGCUGGUUCCGGAAAUUGGACCCGGUUGCUAGGGGAAGCACGCGUGGGAGGAAGGAUAAGGAAAAUAUGGAGAGGAGAGGAGAGGAGAGGAGAGGGGAGGAGAGAAGAGGAACGCGGGGCGCUGUCUCUUCAAAACGCAGAUCCAGACCACUGGACGGUUGGGAAAAAGACGGCUCGGCGCCCAGGAUGUUGAAUCCCCCCUGAUGAGGCCGGCAGACCCUUGGAGGACGCCGGCACGCCUCAGGGCGCCAACGGGGAGGCCAGGCGCACCGCGACUCCACAGCCCUAGCGGCACAGCGGCCAGCGCCGGUGGCCGAGCUGCAGGGUGCUCGCGCCCGCCGCCGGUGCCCACAAGCACCGAGCGGACAGGAGAGCAACGCACUAGAGGCGACGGCCAGGCCGAGAGAAGAGACUGGUCAGUGCCAAAAUCCUCUCUGAUGUUGAGCCCAAGAUCUGGCGCGCACUAGGACGCCGUGCUGGCACGCGAAGUCUGGCCUCCAAGGGUUGGGAGGUGGUUCCCGCAGCGUGUAAGCGAAAAGACGAGUGCGCACUAAGGAACUCAUCGCAUAGCAUAGCAGCGAGGAGGCGUUGGUCAGGUCCCGUCCCAGGAAAGAAGGAGAUAGAAGGAGAGCCGGGGCGAGCCCUCAGAAGAGGGAGGAACGACAACAACGACCUAAAGAAAGGACUGCACAGCCAGCCACCUCCGCGGCAUGCGGCCGUCGUGCAACCCACGGCAGAGCCAAUUCCGGACACGGGGGCGGGGGGAGCAGGCAGAGGAGGCAGAGAGCGGUCACUCGGGACGCGAGCCGUGCAGGCCUCGAGGCGCAAGGUGGUGCAGGGCGUGCUCGUCAAAAAAACGCAGGGGGAGGAGGGGGGGGAGGGGGAGGAGGAGGAAACUGAACGAGCCGAGGGAGGACAGGGGAGAAGACAGCACGUGCUGCAACAGAGCUAGGCCACGUGAGACAACUCUCCGAACCGACAUCCGGCCGCAUGAGACAACUCGCCGAACCGACAUCCGGUCGCUGUUACGAGAGGCUGCAGCCACGAGUGGCCCCUGCCCGACCAUAGCCGCGGAAUGCGUCUGGCGCAUCAGUGGUCGAAAGCCCGUGGCGCCAUGCAUUGAUGUUAGCAGAAUUCGUCCUGGGAGAGCGCGGAAAAGCGCCAACAGAAGCGAAGGGCGAUUUUGCAACUGCCCUGGCCCGCUCCCCCCUUGCACUGGAGCGGGAGGGAACGCACCUGAAGGCAAAUGCCCAGAACAUCUGCCGGGCAAGCUUCCUAAGAGUUGGCGACAGAGCGAAGGAAAGACAAUCGGGGAUCUUCUGACCCGGGUCAAUGCUCCCGAAACAAACGCACAUAGCCUCAGCCAGCGAAUGCAACACGUGCGCAAGCCUCACAGGGACACGAUGUUCCUGCAGCCGACGCUGGGCAUGCUGGCCGUGGUGUGGACGUCCUUUGGCGGACGCCAGCGUAUGCGCGCUCUAGGACUGUGGGCUCUGGAACACGUGGAACCUCUUCAUAAUUGGAAGCAACCACUUGCGCCUGCAACGGCACGUUGUUUACAAGGACUCUGCAGCGAGGGUCGUGACAACGCGGGCAGUUCGCUCCACAGCGCCUAUGACAGCAUCCAACGAGGCAACCAGUCCUCUUACCCUUCGCGUGGGCCUUCCAAGGUGUGCUACACCACGGCGGUGCCAGAGACGAUCUUCGUGGCCGCAGCGGCUGGCCCGCUUCUUCACUGGCACCAAGCUUUGUCUGCGAUGAUCUCAAUGGGACUUCGUCGACGGAAUCUGAACUGCGGAGCCCCACCAAAGGCAAGGGAGAGAGGCAAUCCUCCUCCGUGAAGCCAGUGUCGACCCUGAUGUCAAGCCUGAUGAGCGGCAACCCUGCGGAGAAUUUCUCGCUACGUCCAUACUCCUGGGAGGACGUACGAGAGGCGGCACUAGGUCGGCACGAACUGACACGGGGCAUGCACUCGGGCUCAGCAUGUGUGCCGACGGUGCACACGGCGUCGAUGACUUUGUUCUUGACCACCAAGCGUGAAUCCAUCUGAGCUAAAACAAUAACGGUGGCUGCGGUGGUGCGAGAUUUGGGCCGCCGCUAGGUAAGGCAAUGCUUUGAGCCCUUCAGUCCAG